UUGAAACGUCCAUCCUUUCCCCCAAGUCGCAAGUCCUUAUCAAGUCAAACUCAUGAACUGCGUGCGGAGCUUUGCUCGACCCCGACCGAUUUUCAUUACCCAACACCACCGCCCGCUCUCCAUAACAGAAUCCCACCUGCAAAUUACUCUCUCAGGAGCUCCGGCCGGUCACCGGAGAGAAAGAUGAAGCAGUACCACAAGCUGACGGCGGUGCUGUGCCUGGUUUGGAUGGCCACCAUUCUCUACGGCGAAAUGCUUGCCUUCUGGAUGCCUUCUCUCUUCUCUUGUUCCUGGCCAGACCGCUCCCCUUCUCCAAUCGGCAGGAAAGUUUCUGCCAAUGAUGAUUAUGUGAGGAUUGCCGUGCUAACCGAUCCGCAGUUGAUGGAUAGAACAUCGCACCCAACGCUACCAAAGUCACUGUUGGGGGUUGCUCAAUUCUAUACUGAUAUAUACAUGAGGAGGGCCUUUUUCGCUUCCGUCUUGCCAAUGAAACCCCAUGUCAUUCUGUUUCUGGGUGAUUAUUUUGAUGGUGGUCCUGAAUUGUCUGAUGCCGAGUGGCAGGAUUCUAUGCAUCGCUUGAAGCACGUCUUCGAUUUGGAUGCCAAGACAAGAGACAGGAACGUCCCGGUUUUCUUCAUCCCUGGGAACCAUGAUAUUGGCUAUUCAAGCAUCAAUUCCCAUAAUUCAGAGGUUGUUAGGCGCUAUGAGAAAGAAUUUGGAAGUAGAAACUUCUGGUUUGCGAUUGGAAAAGUGGAGUUCAUUGCUGUUGACGCUCAAACUUUAGAUGGGAAUGCCAUUUCAGACAUAACUUCCUCGGCCUGGAAAUUCGUGAAGAACGUCUCAGAGGGCAAUGACUUAAUGCCAAAGAUUUUGUUGACCCAUAUUCCAUUGUACCGUCCCGACAAUACAUAUUGUGGCCCUCAUCGGAAAUCUCCAAUCAUUAAUCAGCGGUUUGUUCGCACUCGUGAUCGAGAGAUAUGGUACCAGAAUUAUGUGACUGAGGAAUCCUCAAAUAAAUUGCUAGACUUGAUCAAACCUGUACUUGUUUUGUCAGGCCAUGAUCAUGAUCAGUGCACAGUGCUCCAUGACUCAAAAUCUGGUCCAGUUAGAGAGCACACUGUAGGCACCAUAAGCUGGCAGCAGGGGAACUUGUACCCUUCGUUCAUGCUACUGUCUGUCGCGGAUAACUCCACUGGUCCGAGCUUCUCCAUCACCGAAGAAGCAGUAAAGGCUCAUCUAUGCUUCCUUCCUAUUCAAACUCACAUCUACAUAUGGUACAUAGUGCUCUUCAACUUGACUAUUCUCGCUCUCCUCCUCUGGCCAAUGAAGGGCGUGAACUUCGAAAAAUACUUGAACUUCAUAGCGGCUUGUCUUAGACCAUACAGUAUCUUGUUCAAAGGAGGGCCGAAGGAGAAGACCGACGACGAGAACUGCGAGUACGAGAUGGUGUGGGAUGCAGAAGGAUCAAUGCAUCUCGUCAAGAAAGCAAUCCUCAUCCCCACUUCGGUUCCAGCUGAUGAUUACGCUGUGAUGGAGAGAGGGAAUGCUGUUAUGCGGCCAGCAGCAAAGACCACCACACCUCCUCCCGAGGCGGAGUUUCCACCGGAGGUAGACUCGAAAUCAUCAGCGAGAAACAGCAGGUCGAAAACGAAGAUCGCUGUUCAGAGAGUAGUGCGAGCGACUCGGAUGGUUAUGGUGAUUGCUGCAGUAAACGGCUCGCUAUACAUGAUGUUGCUUUUCAAGGAUACGUCGAUCGACCAGUGAUGUAUGCAAUCACAGGGGAGGCCGCUGAAGACAGAACGUUAUAGUUUAUACAGAGAAAUUGCCGGCAUCCAUCCUUCUGCAUUGUAACCUGAAGAGACCAUUGCAGCGAGCUUCUGGUUUUGGUCACUCGGCGGCUUGAUGAAUGUUAACGUAAGAGAGUGAGUGAGUGACGCGCUGUGAUUAAUAGGUGUAUUUGAACAAUAUAUGCACUUUUAGCCUUGGAUGAGGUGAUUAAGGGGAAAAAAAAGUUUAACAAGUUGCUUAAAUCCACCUUAGUCUUUAAGAGAGCCCUUUUACUAUACUAUAAAAUAUUGGUGCUUCAAUGUACAACUUGAAGUUGUACCAUAACAUAGAA